AUGGACGACAUCUCAUCGCAGCCCAAACUGACGCCCGCGCGCAGAAGACCUGGCCGAGGCGAGCCCCGACCGGGUGCCCGGAAGGCCUACGCUUCCGAAAAUGACGUGGCUGCUCUCGAGUCCUCCCGCCGUCACAGGGCGCCGCAAACCCCCAGUAAGACAUCCUCCGGAUCGCCUGCGCCGGCCGACCCCGGUUCGAUGAAAUCAGGGCCCAAGCAGCGAAGCAGGAACAAGGCCAAGGCCAAGAAUACGCCCGCGUCCCCCGACUCGAUCCAGCGCGAUCGCCAGACUCCUCCUUAUCGCUCCGAGUCCUUGAGGCCUUCCACUGGCAUUGCGUUUGCUGGCGCCACCUUCCACGCCUCUCCGGCUCCUUCAGCAUUGCCAAUUCCCAGCUUUCACGCCAAACCUUCCGCCGGCACCCCCGUCCACUCGUCGACAAGAGACGUAGUGCAGGAGCCUUCACCACCUGCCACCGACACUGACGCACCCACUCCGUUUCGUCCCGCCUCUGUUCCCAGGACGCAUGAGUCUCCGCUCGAUUUCAUGUUUCGUGCGCAUCGGGAGGAGAAGGAAAGACAAUGCCGUGGUGGAGGACCUCCUUCGCAACCAGAUCCUUGCGUUUCCCCGAGUCUUUCAGGUAUCUCCCAGUCCCGACGCACAAACCCCAGACCGCCGUCGCGUGGCAUCGAACCUUCUGAGCUGCACAGUCCUUCGGGUCUGCCGAUGGGUCCGGCCUUCUCAACGCCCUACCAGGAACGCAUCCGAGCUGCGCGCUCCAACGCAUCUCGGCCCCGUUUUAACCAAGCUCGAGAGGAGCAAUCACAUGCAGCUGCUCUACCGACAGAUGAUCCUACUGAAGCCUUGAAAAAGUUCCUGUUCGGCAGCAACUCAACCCCAUGCCCGGCUACCCACAAGGCCCCGGCUGCCCCUGCUCCGGCCGUCCAGAUCGAUGCCGGCAGCUACACGUCGCAAUUAUCGGCAGCCGAGCCCGGUCACCCGGGCUUGUCCCAGUCCAACGACAUUCAAGCCAUGGAGAAAGACCUCCGGCGAAUUUUGAAGUUGGAUUUGACGUCGAAUUCUUCUUAG